GGGACGUCCAUCCUGAUCCAGCUUGGUUUGAUAUCAAAUCAGCUGCAAAAAUAGUGGUAUAUGUUAGCGACUUGAGCAAAAGUCCAGGGGAAUCAGUGAAUUUCGGUGGGGUCUGAAUUUAUAAGAAUCCCACCAGACUCAAGAGCAAUGAAAACUUGAAAGUAUACUAACAAAAGUUCUACUUGGUGAAAAAAACAUUGUCCACACUAUUGCAGAUUAAAACGAUGUGCAGAACAAUUUAAGGAAAGGUUCAACUGGCCCCCAUCUACCCUAUGAUUACCUGCUAUUACCAAACAAUCUGGGAGGUCGGGUUCGGCCUUCACGUGUAACCAUUGUAGGAAGUAAUGCAGUUGAGUGCUGACCACUUCACUUAUCUUUGGAGUUCCAUUAGUCCCGGUGGGCUGGUAUUUGAUAAAAUCUCCAUGGAUUCAGAAGACUUGCUUGGCGUCUGCAAACUUGCGUCACUUGAAUUGGACUUAACUAUGCCUCGAAACUUCAGUCUUCAACCCGAGAGAAAGAGCCGUAUGACUGGAAUCCCUUCUAAUAUCAAAGCAAGGACUUCAUCUGUUGGUCCACAGGAACAAAAACCUGUUAACCGUGAGGUUAAAUCUAAAGCAAAUGUCACUAAGAUGAUAGGAAGUUUAAUCCAGUUUCUGGAAACCACCGACUAUUCAAAUUCCCUUUCUCCCAAAAUCCUCCAUUCACCCAACUCAAAAGAAAUAUUUUCAAUAUUCGAACAUCUUGUUCGACAAAUUGAGCCCUCCUUUCGUAUUGAAAACGACGGAAUUAAAGCGGAAGAAGUUUGUCUGAAUUAUCUUAAAAUUCUAGGCUACCCAAAUGUUCUUAGUAAGCAUCAUUUGUUAGCACCUGGUGCUCCUCAAGCCUGGAAUUCAGUUUUAGCAGCGUUCGACUGGUUCAGAGAAGAAACAGAAAAUGCAAAUGACGCUAUAAAUUUUUCGGUGUUCGGGUAUGAUGAUGAUCAAGAUACUGAAGAAGAGCCGCUGAAUAAAAUUAUUUUUCAAUUGAAGUCAGUUAUUUUUAAAAGAAGACGCGAAGGCCUUGAUAUAUUUCCAAGUGAUAUUGAAGAUUACCGUUGUCGUAUCAACAGAGUAUUGAACGCUCCAAGUGAAGAUGAUAUGAAGAAGCUUUAUGAUCGUCUGAAUGAAGUGGAUAAAGAAAUGAAUAGUAUAAAUAAUGUAGACGGAGAAGAAAGGUCAUUAAGAACUCAGUUAGCUGAGACGGAAUCCAGUUUAAAAUCACUAGACGAAAAGUUGCGCGACCAUGAAUCUCAGAUAGCUAAGUUAAAGUCUUUAGACGAAGAGCGCACAGAAGUUUUAAAGGAACUUGAAUUAAAAAACAAAGAAGCAGAACAACAGUUGGCUACAGUACGUGCAAAAGUAAAGGAACAAGAAGAUGCUGGUUAUGGACGACUAGCUCAAGAAUAUAUUAUGCUUCGGGAACGUGUCGAUGCUCGAUUGCAUGCUAAAGAUGAUUUAAUUAAAGAAGUUGAACAAAAAGAAUUGGAUUAUACACGUUCAGAAGGCACCAUCGCCCCUACUUUGGACGCUUAUAAUCGUCUUGUCGGAUCACUAAGGAAACCACCGUUUUCACAAAUCACCAAAAACUGUAAUUUGGAAGUUUGCACAUAUCGCAAAGGAUUUGAUAUUGCUAAGCAAUUACCAUUGCUAGUUCAAAAUGUGAAGGCUUGUGUUGAACAGUUGACUUUGGCUUUGACUUCUAAAGAACAACGACUAAGUGAAUUGGUUGAACGUCUCGAAACUCUUCAAUCGUCAAUCGAUAGUUCAGAAUUGCCAGAUGUACAAGCUAAACUGGAUGAGGUAAAAAUAGAUUUGGCUAAACUAGAUGAACUUUUGGCGGAAGAAUGCAGUGCGCAUACAAAAGCAGAAGAAGAAUAUGUUAGUUUAUGUUCUCACAGAGCCAAAGAAUUAGAACAGUUAAAAAAACAGUUAAUUGAUUAUGAACAACGUCAGACGGAGUUAAGCGGUAAACUUGAAGAAAUAAUUCAAGAAAGAGUUAAAAUCACCUCUUAUAUUGAAAAUAUUAGUCAACAAUUAUCAGUGUUUGUUCCUUACAUUGAGUCAUAUUUCAAAACUAAGGAGUCUGCUAAUCGUACCUGGCAGAUGCAUAUAAACAUACUGCGCGAAGAAGUUCAAAGUGCAGCUCGUCGUAUUGAAAACAAAGUUAGAAAAGCACUUGAAGAGAAUUCUUUAUCUGAAUAGCAUUUCUCCAAGAGAUUAACUUUUUCUUGUAACUAACUUCAAUUGAUUUUUGUUAAUAUUGCAUUUUAUUAAAAUGUUAUUGUCGUGAGAGUUUUCCAAUAAACCGUUCAC